AUGUUCUUUGAAGCCACUUAUGUACCUUCACCACCUUUAUCUGUUGCUAGUAUAGAUGACAAUGACAUUCCGAGUAUAAAUGCUGAGUUACCGACGAUGAAUGACAACAGUGGUAAACAAUCUAUUGAAUCUGAUAUUGAAUCUGAUUCAGAUAAGCCAGUGGAUCAUGUUAUAUUUGUAAUUCACGGUAUUGGACAGCAAACAGAACAAUAUGGUCACUUUUAUGAACACAUUGAAAAUUUGCAAGAAACAACUAGACAAGUAUUACAAGCCAAGAUACCAGAUCAUAAUGUACGCAUUGAGCUUAUACCCAUUGAAUGGCAUCGACAUAUCCAUGAUCAAGUUGACCCUCUUCUUAACAAAAUUACUUUGAAAUCAAUACCUACUAUUAGACUUAUCGAGAAUGAUUAUCUUGCUGACGUUCUCUUUUAUUUCUCUAAAGAGAGGGGCCAGACGAUUGUUGACAAUGUCACUCAAUUAUUUAAUACGUCAUAUCAUAACUUUAUCUCUAAACAUCCUGACUUUAAAGGGAAAAUUAUCAUCCUGGGUUAUUCCUUAGGUGGCAUCAUUACUUGGGAUAUUUUAUCACACCAAAGAGAAUUACAAACUAGGGAAGAAAAGGAAGCGUAUAAUAGCAUGAACACCAUCCAAUUCUCAAAGUUGGAUUUUAAGCCACAUUAUUUUUAUGGAUUAGGUUCACCUAUUGGAGCAGUCUUGGUCUUUCGAGGUCAAGAUCCAAAAUAUUAUCAUCCUGAAUAUGAUAUUCAAUUUGAAAACAUCUUUCAUCCUUUUGACCCAUUGGGUUAUCGAUUUGAACCUUUAUUUAAUGAUUACUUUAUAGAUAAACCUGCUGUAUUAAUAGAAAGAUCAUUCCCAAUAGGUCCCUCUUUCUCUUUUCCAUCAUUCCCCUCUACAGGUUUCUUUUCCUUUUUUUCAGGGAAACAACAAGAAAAUAAGGCUGCAAAAACAAUUUAUAAUGCUACUUCUGAAACUGCAGAUAACCAAAAGGAACAAAAGACAUCAUCCUCUUUAGGAUUUAUGACUUCUUUAUUUCAAUACUUUUCGAAAGGGGGCGGUAUUGUCGAUUCUACUUCUUCAAAAGAACAAGAGUCAAUUGUAGGUUCAGUAAAUGCUGUUGCUGCUGCUGCUGCUGCCGAUGAUGAUGAUGACAAUGAUGAUAAAAGUAUAAUUGCUGCUGCUGCUGCUGCUGCUGCCGUUGCAACAACAUGUUGGGAUCCAAUACAGACUAGAGAACAAUUGUUAGCAUUACGUGAUGACCUGGAUAGAACACUAAAGAAUCUGUCUAUGAAUGAAAAAAGAAAAAGACGACCAAAGACGAUCAGGUCUAAAACGAUUCAUGCUUUAGAAGAUGACUAUUAUAGCAGUAGCAUAUACUCUUCUUCGUUAGAACAAAACUCGGAUGGUUCUGUUAUGAUGGAUAAAUUCAUAUCUAAAAAUUGGCAAGAGAAUGAUCAGCAGCAGCAGCAGCAGCAGCAGCAGCAGCCAGCUACAAGAUUAAAGCUUCGAAAGACAAAGACAACAGAACCAAGGAUGGCAAGACAUCAUUUAGUAGAGAUCUUAGGUAUUGAUGGUGUUUCUGUAGAUGAACGAAGUCGAAUAAUAACAACCACAUUGAAUAAAGACAACAAAGAGCCUUUCCUAAAACCUAAUAAUCAAAAGUAUGACUACUCUUUUGAAGGAAAGAAGAAGAAAGAAGAAGAUGAAUCCAUGAAAGUUGAAGAUCACUUGAUAAAUGAAAAAUCAACAACACAUCCUAAUAAUAAUAAUAUUUGGUUAGAUUUAGAUAAUGAGCUUAAUAAACCAGGCCCUGCAAUUACAAAUCCAGGAGAGUCUAAAGCAGAUGUAGCUCAAGAUGCUACAGUUGUUGCUCAUACAAACACAAAAGCUCAAGAGAAGGAUAAACAAACAGAUAUUGAAGAAGAGAUGGAGGUAAACAAGCUGCUACCAGGGAAAAGACGUAUGGACUAUGUUUUACAGCCUGAAAGUGUUAUGUCAAUGAUUGCUAAUGAAUAUCUUAUUGGCUUACGUGCUCAUUUCUCUUAUUGGACGAACAAGGACUUUAUCUGGCAUAUGUUACGUCGUAUUGAAGUUUUAGAGGGGAUGAAAAAGAAGCAGCAGCAGCAGCAGCAACAUGAUGAUGAGUCAUCUACUACUACCAGUAAUUAA